AUGCCGCUAUCGUUGCUCGACUCAAAAGAGCAGCCCAGUCGACCGGUGGUGAGGCUGAAAGCCUCCACUGAGUAUCCGUUCUUGAAGCGAGUCUGCCUCGUAUGCAGCCGGCUGCGCAAGAUCGCUCUUCCUCAUCUGUUUCGCCAUGUACUGGUACUGCCGGGUCAGCUUGACAAUCUACUGGCGUUCACCUCGACCCAGAAGCUGGACACCCAUGUCACUACCGCUCACAUUUACCUCAACAGCCCGAGCUCUCACGAGCAGCCUCCCUGGUGGGCGAUUCUCCUCGACCAGCUCACAAAUCUAACCACUAUCACCGUCACCGCACCUCCACAUAUCUUUGCUGAGAUCACUCGAAUUCCUGUCAAGACCCAGGACGCAUGGGCUUUCAAGAUCGCCGAACAGUCCUUACAGCUCACUUGCGCGGCAAACUCCACCUAUGCACCUUACGAGGCUCAGGCAUCACCGUCAUUGCUGACUGCUCGCCCGUGGCACACACUCCACGUAAACGAGUCCUCCUCGCUGCGCGCGUAUACAACGUAUGAGUACUUCCUUCGCACCCCGCCCAGCCCCAUAUCUCCCUUCAGCAAACCGCUGAGUAGCCUCGAGACAAGAAGUGCCAUCAGGACUCUCCUGAGCACAAUCCGCCACUUCCACUUCACAGCCAUUUUCCCCUCCUUCAACCACAUCGGUACCAUCCUUGAGAUGGCUGAGGGCUCCAUGACCCGCCUCGACAGCCUGACAUUCCAGCUGCUGCCGAAACCGAACAGUACUAUUCUGGUUGAUGCGCUGGAAGAGACAGGCGGACACAUUGAUGUGAAUGACCCGUGGAAUGAGUUCGAGACAAGCCUGGCCCUCGUGGCAGUUUCUGCGUUAGGCAUGAGUAGGAGCAAUCUCACAAAGCUUACCAUGGAAGACGUCGCUAUGGAAGGCGUUCGCGACAUGAUCGAGAGAAUAGUGACCGAAAAGCUUGUGGAAGAACCAGAUCUCGGAUGGGCAUAUGAGGGCGUGGGUAGGUGGCGGCGACCGCAUGGGCAUACGACCAAGUGA